GAGUAAAUUUAUAAGUAUUUUGUUAUUUUAACUUCAGUGACAUUUCACAACAAAUAAUUAACCGAAAGAGUCGAAUGAUCAGUCGGUAUUUGAUCGUUCAGUAGUAAACUGGAAUGUGCUUAAAUUGUAGACAGUGAAAAUUUUAACUUUUAACAUAAAAAGAACUAAACUAAAUUAUAAUUAAAAAAAAAAUAAUACAAAAAUUUAAUUGUGUGUAUAAAAAAAGUUAGAAAAUAAUUGUUGACAUUAUGAGUGACCGUGAAUUAAGUUGUAGCAAUACUGCGGGACAAUUUAUGGAUCGUGGCCGUAUGAAUCAGAAUGGUGUAGUGCAACCACUAUUAACAGAUUUAUAUCAAAUAACUAUGGCUUAUGCCUAUUGGAAGUCUGGCAAAACAGAUGAUCAUGCAGUGUUUGAUCUAUUCUUUCGCACAAAUCCAUUCCAUGGUGAAUUUACCAUAUUUGCUGGCCUCGAUGAAUGCAUGAAAUUUUUGGACAGUUUUCAUUAUAGUGAAAGUGGUAAGCAGCGAAGAGAGAGAUGUUUUUUUCAAUAGAAACACACCCAUUUU